AUGUUCAAGAAAGAUCUCCAAGCCGCCCCCAAGCAGAAGCUGAAGUCGUCGGUCCAGCGCUCCCUGCGCCAGUCCCUGCUGACGACCUACCCGCUUCUGAACCCCUACAUCGACGAGAUCCUGCCCAAGAAGGGCUCGCUCGAGUCCAUGAAGCUGCCGGACCGCGCCACCCUCUACGUCCUCGACGGCGAGCCCCUCUUCGUCCAGGUCGACACCAACACCCUGCUCCCCCACCUCAAGCUCGUCCACCGCUUCCCCGCCGGCUUUCCAUCGAUACGUAUCGACCGAGGCGCCAUCCGCUUUGUCCUCUCUGGCGCCACCCUCAUGGCCCCCGGCCUCACCAGCGCCGGCGGGAGACUGCCCAGCGGCAACGGCGGCGAACCCGAGGGCCUGGACGAGGAGGGCCACUGGAGUCGGGAGCUGGAGAAGGGCGAGCCGGUUGUGGUCACAGCCGAGGGCAAGACGGAGGCCUGUGCCGUGGGCUUCCUGGUCGAGGGCACCAAGAAUGUCAAGGACAAGGGCAAGGGCCCCGUGAUCGAGGACGCGCAUUUUCUUGGAGAUGGGCUCUGGAAGUUGGCUGCUUAG